AUGAAGCAGCUGUGCGUGUGCGCCGCCGCCUCCUGCGCGAGCCAGGAGUGGGGCAAAAGCGACGAGCGACUGCUACAGGCGGUGGAGAACGACGAUGCUGCACGGGUGGCCGCCCUCAUCACCCGCAAGGGGCUGGUGCCCACGAAGCUGGACCCCGAGGGCAAGUCCGCAUUCCACCUGGCUGCCAUGCGGGGAGCAGCCAGCUGCCUAGAGGUGAUGCUGGCACAGGGCUCCAACGUCAUGAGCACCGAUGGGGCAGGUUACAAUGCCCUCCACCUGGCGGCCAAGUAUGGGCACCCACAGUGCUUGGAGCAGCUGUUACAGGCGUCCUGCGUGGUGGAUAUCGUGGACAGCAGUGGAUGGACGGCCCUCCAUCAUGCAGCGGCUGGCGGUUGCAUUUCCUGCUCAGAAAUCCUUUGCUCUUUCAAGGCACAUCUGAGUCCCCGAGAUCGGUCAGGUACAACGCCCCUUAUCAUAGCCGCUCAGAUGUGUCACACAGAUCUGUGCCGCCUCCUCCUGCAGCAGGGGGCUGCCGCAAAUGACCAGGAUCUGCAGGGCAGGACAGCCCUGAUGCUGGCCUGUGAGGGGGCCAGCCCCGAAACAGUGGAGGUGCUGCUUCAGGGCGGGGCCCAGCCGGGCAUCACCGACGCCCUGGGCCAGGAUGCUGCCCACUACGGCGCCCUGGCGGGAGACAAACUCAUCCUGCACCUCCUGCAGGAGGCAGCUCAGCGCCCCUCACCACCCAGUGCCCUCCUAGAGGAUGACUCAGGCGAGGCAUCAUCUCAGAACUCUGUGUGCAGCCACGAAAAGCGAGGGGCCCCCAAGAAGCGGAAAGCGCCUCAGCCCCCUGCCAGCAUCCCCAUGCCGGAUGAUCGCGAUGCCUACGAGGAGAUCGUGCGGCUGCGCCAGGAGAGGGGCCGCCUGCUGCAGAAGAUUCGGGGCCUGGAACAGCACCAGGAACGGAGGAAACAGGAGCUGCCAGAGACAGAGGCCAGCUCCCUACACAGCCUGGAGAGACAGGUACAAGAGCUGCAGCAGCUGCUGGCGGAGAAGCAGGAAGAGAAGGAGAGCCUGGGACGCGAGGUCGAGAGUUUGCAGAGCAGGCUGUCCCUGCUGGAGAAUGAGCGGGAGAACACGAGCUAUGACGUGGCCACCCUGCAGGAUGAGGAGGGUGAACUGUCUGACUUUCCAGGGGCCGAGGCUCUGCUCUCCAAACGGCUAAGCCCCUCGGCCCAGGAGCUCUUGGCGUCGCUGCGGGAGCAAGUGGCCGCACUCACCAGAGAAAACCAGGAGCUGAUGGAGAAGGUCCAGAUCCUGGAGAGCUUUGAGAAGGAUGAGAGGGAAGUAAACGGGUCAGCCGAGGUCAUCCCCCUGGCCCUCUGUGACUCUCUCCGGGCUGAGUUUGACCAGCUCCGCAGGCGGCACGCCGACGCCCUGCGGGCACUGGAGCGACAGGAAGCACAGCGCGGCCCUGGAGAAGGGGAGGCGGCCCCUGGGGAGGGCAAGAGCACGGGAGUCAAGACCACCAGGGACGACGGGCCAAUGGAAAUGGAGCUUAAUGGCACCACGGCUCCGGGAACCAAAGUUAACGGAGGUGAGGCCACAGACGACGGGGCUGCAGGAGAUGAAACCGUGGAAGCGGCAUCCACGGGGGCCGAGGCCACGGAAACAAACCCCACGGGCGCCGAGGCCACGGAAACAAACCCCACGGGCGCCGAGGCCACGGAAACAAAACCCACGGGCGCCGAGGCCACGGAAACAAACCCCACGGGCGCCGAGGCCACGGAAACAAAACCCACGGGCGCCGAGGCCACGGAAACAAAACCCACGGACGCCGAGGCCACGGAAACAAAACCCACGGGGGGCGAGGCUGCAGAAACAGAGGCUCCAGAAGAGGGAGGAAACCCAGAAGCCGAGGCCACAAAGCCAAAAGCCGAGGAAGCAGAGAUGAAGGCCGACGGAGUGGGUGAGGUGGAGGCGGAGCUUCCGGGCACAGAGACCACCCCCGUGGAGGCCACAGCCCCGAGGGGCCCCCUGGGCGCCGUCCUGCACCCUGGUGCUGCGGAGGCCUCAGAACAGCUGCAAGCGGAGCUGGAGACCAGGAUCCGUGGCUUGGAGGAGGCCCUCCGGCAACGGGAGCGGGAGGCGGCCGCCGAGCUGGAGGCGGCCCACGGCAAGCGCCAGGCGGCGGAGGCCGAGGCUGGACGGCUCCGGGAGCGGAUGCGCGAGGCGGAGGGGGGCGGAGCCUCGGGGGGCGGCGGCGGCGGCGGCGACGCGGUGCAGCUGCGAGCCGCCCUGGAGCAGGCCCGCGAGGACCUCCGAGUCCGGGACUCCCGGCUCCGGGAGCUGGAGGCGACCUCGGCCCGGCUGGACGAGGCCCGCGCCGGCCGCCUGCUGGCCGAGGAGGAGGCCCGGGGCCUGCGGGCAGAGCUGGCCCGGCGGGAGGAGGUGCGGCUGGAGCAGAGCCGGGAGCUGCAGGUGCUCCGCGGGCAGCUGGCCACCGCCGCGGCCGCCGGGGAACAGCAGCGGGCGGUGGCCGCCGAGCUGGGCCGCGCGCGGGAUGCGGCCGAGGCCCGGGCGGCCGAGCUGGCGGCGGCCUGCGAGGAGGCCCGGCGGGGCCUGGCGGAGCUGCGGGAGGCCUCCGCGGCCCUGCGUCAGUCGGCCGUGCCGGCCUCCGAGCACCACCGGCUGCAGGAGGAGGCCCUGGAGCUGCGGGGCCGGGCGGCCGGCCUGGAGCAGGAGGUGGUGGCCACGGGCAAGGAGGCCGCCCGGCUGCGCGCCGAGCUGGAGCGGGAGCGCGCGGGGAGCGUGGCCCGCCUGGAGCACGAGCGCGUGGUGGGCGCCUUGCAGGCCGACGUGGCCCGGCUGGAGGGGCAGCUGGAGGAGCUGGCGCGACGGCACGAGAAAACCAGCGCGGAGGUGUUCCAGGUCCAGAGGGAGGCGUUAUUCAUGAAGAGUGAACGUCACGCGGCCGAGGCCCAGCUGGCCACGGCAGAGCAGCAGCUGCGGGGGCUCCGCACCGAGGCCGAGCGGGCACGCCAGGCCCAGAGCCGUGCCCAGGAGGCCCUGGAUAUGGCCAAGGAAAAGGACAAGAAGAUUACAGAGCUGUCCAAGGAAGUCUUCAGUCUCAAGGAGGCACUGAAGGACCAGCCGGCCGCCCCAGGCCUCUCGGAGGUGGAGGCCCUCCGGGGCCAGGUUAAGGCUCUGCAGGAGCAGCUGGAGCAGGCUGCCAGGGACCACAGCGCAGUGGUGGCCUUGUAUAGGAGCCACCUCCUGUAUGCCAUUCAGGGUCAGAUGGACGAAGAUGUGCAGCAGAUUCUGAGCCAGAUCCUACAGAUGCAGAGGCUUCAGGCUCAGGGCCGCUGAGCGUCAGAACACUGGCCUUCCGCCCGCCAGGCCCCGCGCAGGGGUGUCCGGGCUCCCGCACUGGCCUCCCAAACUCGCAGACCAGCCUGGGCCUUCCCGACCGCCCCUGGCUGUGUCCACUGCCCCACUGGCCCCCCUGCACACACUGGCCAGUGUCAAGGCCGGCCCUGACCGCCCCCCCCCCCCCACCGGAGAAUCUGUGGUCCCCUCUCCCGCGUCCUAUCUGUCCUGUCUGUCCCGUAGCCAGGCAGCACCCCGGACCCCAGAAAUAAAAGCUCUUGGAGCCAAGGAUGAAAGUGUGUGGCCUGAUCGCUGCCCCCCUCAGGGAGGGGAGGGUGGCCACGAGCAGGGAUGAGGAGGUGAGGUGCUC